AGGUUGCAUGCGAUCACAGCGACUGAUCUGGUGCACCAUGUCAAUACUUUUCGCACCCGCCCGUGGUUCUCGUGUCGCUCUCUCGCGAGCUGAUCUGAGAACCUCGCGAUGUGUAGGACAGGUCAGCAGCUCAAUUCGGAGCCUGGCAACAGUCACAAACCCUCGCCCUCCUCAAAUCGACAUUUCAUCUCGCACGCCGCCGUAUCCUAAGCUCCUCAAGCGCCUAGCAGAAGUCCGCCGUGUAUUGGGCUCAAGUCGCGCCCUUACCCUGGCAGAGAAAAUCCUUUACUCGCAUUUGGACAACCCUGAAGAAUCACUCUUGACGAACACUCAGAAUGGCGCCAAUAUUCGAGGCGUUGCCAACCUCAAGCUCAAGCCCGAUCGCGUGGCCAUGCAAGACGCAUCAGCUCAGAUGGCUCUUUUACAGUUCAUGUCCUGCGGAAUGUCCACUACGGCUGUCCCUGCGAGCGUCCACUGCGAUCAUAUGAUAGUCGGAGAGAAGGGCGCGGACACAGAUUUGCCGAAUUCGAUAGCAGGGAACAAAGAGGUUUUCGACUUUCUUGAAAGCGCUGCGAAGAAGUACGGAAUUGAGUUCUGGCCGCCUGGUGCGGGCAUCAUUCAUCAGUCAGUAUUGGAGAACUACUCGGCACCUGGGUUGAUGAUGCUGGGAACCGACAGUCAUACACCAAACGCUGGGGGACUAGGUGCCAUCGCGAUCGGCGUAGGUGGCGCUGACGCUGUUGAUGCCCUAGUAGAUGCUCCUUGGGAACUCAAGGCACCUAAGAUCCUAGGUGUGAGACUCGAAGGACAACUCAGCGGCUGGACUUCUCCAAAAGACGUGAUCAUGUACCUGGCUGGGAAACUCACAGUCAGGGGUGGCACAGGGUUCAUUAUUGAAUACCAUGGACCCGGCGUGGACACCUUGAGCUGUACCGGAAUGGCUACAGCUUGUAACAUGGGAGCAGAAGUUGGCGCCACUACCUCUCUCUUCCCCUUCUCUCCGGGCCACAUCUCAUACCUAGAAGCUACUCAUCGUGGUCCCAUUGCUAAGCAAGCAGCUGAAAUUGCGUCAUAUGAAUCUUCUCGAAAUCUUCUCCGUCCAGAUCCCGAUGCCGAAUAUGACCAACUCAUCACUAUAAAUCUGUCGGAACUUGAGCCACACAUCAACGGACCUUUCACCCCUGAUCUUUCUACUCCGCUUUCGAAGUUCAAAGAUACUGUCGCUAUAAACAAUUGGCCUGAGACUUUCGGUGCUGGACUGAUCGGUAGCUGUACAAACAGCUCAUACGAAGACAUGACCCGUGCCGAACACCUUGUCAAACAAGCUCAGGCUGCUGGGCUAUCUCCUAAGGCCGAUUUCUUUAUUACUCCGGGAAGCGAACAGAUCCGUGCAACACUUGAGCGAGACGAGACACUGUCAACAUUCUCGUCCGCUGGUGGUACUGUACUCGCAAAUGCGUGUGGACCGUGUAUCGGCCAAUGGAAGCGAAAUGACGGUGUUGAAAAGGGUACUGACAACGCCAUCUUCACAUCAUAUAACCGCAAUUUUCCUGGUCGCAACGAUGGCAAUCGCAAGACAAUGAACUUUCUCGCGUCUCCGGAGAUUGUCACGGCAAUGAGUUAUUCUGGCAGUACAACAUUCAAUCCCAUGACUGAUAGCAUCCCGACCUCAAAUGGACAAGAGUUUCGGUUCAACCCCCCAUCUGGCUACGAGCUACCAUCGGCAGGAUUUGCAGAUGGAAACCCACUUUUCCAGCCUACGCCCGGCGUACCAGACCCGACCGUAGAUGUGGCCGUGUCUCCUACCUCUGAUAGACUUGCACUUCUAGAACCAUUUGCACCUUAUCCAACCGGUCAGGAAUUUUCCGACCUUCGCGUGCUAUACAAAGUCAAAGGCCAAUGCACAACCGAUACCAUCUCGGCAGCUGGUCCGUGGCUGAAGUACAAGGGUCAUCUACCCAAUAUUUCCGAAAACACCCUCAUCGGCGCCGUCAACGCAGCAACAGGCGAGACUAACACAGCCUAUGACACCGAUGGCACGACAUCCGGUAUUCCAGAGCUGGCGAAGCGUUGGAAAGAUCAAGGCCGCGAGUGGAUCGUCGUAGCCGAACACAACUAUGGCGAGGGAAGUGCGCGAGAACACGCCGCCCUGCAACCGCGCUAUCUAGGUGGCCGGAUCAUCCUUGCCAAGAGCUUUGCUCGUAUUCACGAGACGAAUUUGAAGAAACAAGGCGUCAUCCCAUUGACGUUUGCGAAUGAGGCGGAUUACGAUAAGAUCGAUGCUUGCGAUGAGCUGAGCACCAGGGGGCUCUGGGAGACGCUGGAGAGUGGCGGCAAGGGUAGCGUGGAGCUUGUGGUGAAGAAGAAGGACGGCUCCGAGGUCGUGGUGCAGACGAAGCAUACGCUAAGUGCUGAUCAGUGUGGGUUUAUUAUAGCAGGUAGUGCACUGAACUUGCUUGCGCGACAGGCACAGGAAGCACGAGAAGAGGUCGUUAGGGGAAAUGAGUUGAGCGAUUAGAGGUGGGAAGUUCAGGGAAGGCGUUGCUUGUGGGGUGGUAUAAACCUUGGCCGUAUUAUAUGUACAUACGCCGGCGUUACAGAGCCGUGUGAAAAUUUGACGUUGUUAUCAGA